AUGUCCUCCAAAAACCUUUACCUAGCCACCGCCCUCGCCUGCACUACAGCCUGCAUGUUUGGCUACGGCACCGGCUACAUCGGCGGCGUGCUCGCCCUCCCCUCCUUCACCCACUACUUCGCCCUCGACGCCCUCCCCCCAAAGUCCCACGCCGCGGCCGAAUCAUUCACCAUCUCCCUCUGGCUCCUAGGCGCGCUCCUCGGUGUCCUGGCCGCAAACCCCGUAUGCUCGCAGCUCGGCCGGCAAAAGGCGCUCACCCUCUGCGCCACAACAUACACACUCAGCGCCAUCCUGCAGUCCGCCCCGCCAGCGCACUCGCUUAUAGUCUUCAAUGCCGGCCGGCUGCUCAAUGGGCUCGGCGUGGGUGUGGGGACGCUCGCGACGCCGAUCUACAUUGCCGAGAUUGCAACCCCGCGGGUGAAGGGGAUGUUGCUUGCGGCGUGGCAGGUAAGCAUGCAGGCCGCGGCGCUGGUGGGGUUCUGGGGUGCGUAUGUGGCGCAUAUGCUGAUUGGCGACGGGGUCCAUUGGCAGUGGAGGCUGCCGGUGCUGUUCCAGGUGGUCUUUGGGGCUAUUCUUGUUGUGGCGAGUUUGGGCGUUUUGCCGGAGUCGCCGGUGUGGUUGGGGGCUGUGAGCCGUAGAGAUGAGUGCCGGGGGGUUCUGGAGUGGUUACGAGGGGAGGAGGGUCCAUGUCAGUCGGAAGCCCUUGCCCUCGAAGUCGAGGCGUGCUGCCAGGGGAGCCUUCUUGCUCCUGCGGAUGAUGAUACGCCUGUGAAGCAGAGGGAGGGACUAUACGAGGCCCUCGCUAGCAGUGCGAAUCUUCGCCGACGGCUCUUCUGCGGCGUGGGUCUGAUGGCCGUAACGGCACUGAGCGGAUCAAACGCACUGAACUUCUACGCGCCCACCAUCUUCGCCAGCGCAGGGUUCACCUCGACCUCCGCCUCGCUCUUCCUAACGGGGACAUUUGGGCUCGUAAAGCUCGGCGCCGCCUUCGGCUUCAUGUUCUGCUUCGUCCGCAUCAAGGGCCACCGGUUCUGGCUGCUCCUCUGCACAGCCGUGUGCGCUGUAUCGUUCGCCGUGCUGGCAUUCUGCGUGCGACGCCUCGAGCACCAACAAACUGCCCCAAGAGGUACCUCCACAGCCCCAGCAACAACAAGCACAAUUGCCCUCCUGGCCGUCUACACUUUCGCCUUCUUCUUCGGAAUCGGACACGGCCCAAUCGCGUGGAACUUUUGCGCGGAGAUUUUUCCUCCGCACCUCAGCACGAGCUGCUGCGCAAUCACGACGUGCGCGCAGUGGGUGUUUCAGAUUGUGAAUGCUGUCUGUACCCCAUUUCUCCUUACGCUGGCAGGUUGGUAUACAUGGGUUAUCUUUUGUGGAGUGAAUGCUUUUUUGUUCGGGUGGUGUGCUGUGUGCGUUCCGGAGACGAGGGGGGUGACGCCAGGGGUUGAGAUGGAGAGAGUUUUUGAGCCGGGGCCGCCAUGGUGGAGGGCGAUGCAGGGGGAUGAAAAUCAGGCUGGGGACUGGGAGAGGGAGCCGUUGUUGGGGGAGCGCGGAGGGGGUAUUUGA